CCACCCGCUUCGGAUGUUAUCAUCCCAUAGAAUGGCGAUUAUCAGUGGUUAUCAGCCCCAUUGAAUGGCCUCAGUUGGUCCCUGCUCUACCUGCUAGCAGGCUGUUAUCAACCGUUAUCAACCAUUCUAUCGGUGAUAACAGCCGCUUGUCGCUAAUAGAACCUUUUUUUAACCUUUUUUUUAAAAACCUUUAUUUAUAAUUUAUCUGCGAAUUUGAACAGGAUAUUAAGAAUUUACUAAAAAUACAAAAGCCAAACGUAUCCGUCAUAAGAUUUUAAUUAGGUAUUGUAACAAUCGUUACAGUAUUUAAAAACAACUCACUAAAAUCUAAAACCGGAGUUUUUUGUUUAUUUUUGUUCGCUUUUUUAAAGACCUAUAUUUCCAAUAUGCCUUUUAUUUCUUUGGAUUUUUUCCAAUAAUUCACUCAAAAUAAAUGCCAAAAUUUAACAUACUUGGUUAAUUUUAUUGGAUCUUUACAAGACGUGUUCUCUCAAUACAUGCCGUGUUUUUAUCUUCCGGUCGUGCAAUUUUAUAUAUAUAUAUAUAAGCAUACAAUGAAAUUAAAAGGUAUAUUCUAGAGUUAUGUAGUGUUAUGAGUUGUCCAACCUCAUAGCCUUCCACUAGGUGGCUGUAUGUACAUCCGAAGUUGCUUGCAAUCCAUUAAUAAUGAUAAGAAGAAGUUAGGGUUGGCCCUAAUCUUAUUUUUAAUUAAAAAAAUUAAAAAGAAAAAUACGGAUGGAUUUGCUCAUAUGAUUAUAUGAAAAUCUGUGUUUGUACCAUAUGAAAAUGUUUAAUAUUUGUAUUAGUAGUAAUAAUAAUAAAUUACGGAUUGCACCCGACAAAACAUUAGAGAAGAAGAAGAAGAAGCUUACGUCAUUCGACGCGACACUUUCCACGGUCGGAGCUGGUUCAAUGUCAAGAAGAGAGAGAACACAUAUCUCGGAGGAAGCGAAGGUCUUCCUCCAGAAAGCCUAUAAAGAAGGGAUGACCAGGGUGGGAUCUCCACUGGUUGGAGCGGCAUCCCAGGCCACUGGCUUGCCACCGUUUGUCAUUGAUAACUGGAUUGGAAACUAUAGAAGAAAAAAGCCAUCUUCUUCUCAACCUAAAAACAAGAAGUUAUACACCAAGGACCUGUCUGGUUACAACCUGUUCUGCAGGGAUCAGUUAAAGAACAAAGACCCCGGGAGGAAAGUUAGGACACCAACUGUGGAAGACAUUUUGAAUGCAAUCUGUGCAAAUGAUGAGCGGAGCGUAACAGAGCCUAUGGGUUUGACGGAAGUGCUGCCAAGAGAACCGACUACAGAUGAUACUACGGAUGUUUGCAACAUCUGCCACUGUCUGUUCAGUGAUGAAAAAAAAAAUGCCAAGAAGAAGUGGCGUGAGUGGCGACGUUGCAACACAUGUGAGCAGUGGUCACACCUGGCAUGUGGAUUCAAGAAAAACUUGUCGUCAUUGUCAGACUCCCAGAAGUUGAGCCUUGUUAUGUCUUUCAGAGCGAAGGUGAAACAUUAACAUGUUUAACGUUGAAAAAUUGUCUGCACUGGGACUGCAAAAAAGACACUUCUAAUUUGGUGACAGUUGUGACAUCUGACAGCUGUCAAUGUUAGCAUUUCCUGUAGUUUUUUCUUAAACAAUUGAUAAAUGUACAAUGCAUCAAUAAAAGCUUUUGUAUUGAAAAGAUA